UUAUAUUCUAUUCCUCCCUAACUCUCUACCUGUCGCUGCUCACUCUCUGAUACUUCUCUCUCUCUCUACCUAUCUCUCCCUACCUCUGUCUAGAUCGAGAUGGCUGACCCGAUAGCUGAAGACAAGGCCACCUCCGGCCAACCCAAGAACACAGUAAUAGCAGACUUUGAUCCGCCACAGAAACCCAAGAGAAACAAAUUCGCCAUUGCCUGCUCCAUUUUGGCUUGCAUGACAUCAAUUUUACUGGGCUACGAUAUUGGUGUGAUGAGUGGGGCGAACCUCUUCAUCCAAGAUGACCUCAAAAUCAACGACGUCCAGAUUCAAAUACUUACAGGCACAUUGAACAUCUACUCUCUCGUCGGCUCCGGCUUGGCCGGCAGAACCUCCGAUUGGAUCGGGCGCCGGUACACCGUCGUCCUCUCCGGAGCCAUCUUCUUCGUCGGAGCUAUCCUCAUGGGAGUCGCCCCUGGCUACGGCUUCCUUAUGUUCGGCCGGUUCGUUGCCGGAAUCGGUGUUGGCUACGGUCUCAUGAUCUCUCCAGUCUACACCGCCGAGAUCGCUCCGACUUUGUCCCGUGGCUUCCUCACAUCUUUCCCUGAGGUGUUCGUCAAUAUUGGCAUACUAUUGGGGUACGUCUCCAACUACGCCUUCUCCAAGCUCCCAGCUCACCUCGCUUGGAGGUUCAUGCUCGGCAUCGGCGCCCUUCCAGCCAUUAUUCUCGCCCUCGGCGUCUUAGCCAUGCCAGAGUCGCCGCGUUGGCUCGUCAUGCAGGGGCGACUUGGGGACGCCAAGCGCGUCCUCGACAAAACCUCAGCCUCCAAGGAAGAGGCUCAGUUGAGGCUAGACGACAUCAAAGAAGCCGCAGGCAUCGCCAAAGAGCUAGACGACGACGUUGUUCCCGUCGCGAAGAAAAGCCAUGGUGAAGGCGUAUGGAAAGAGUUGAUCGUGCACCCAACGCCAGCCGUUCGCCACAUUUUGAUCGCAGCGCUCGGCAUCCACUUCUUCGAACAAGCUUCGGGCAUAGACUCUGUCGUCCUGUACAGCCCCAGGAUCUUCGCGAAGGCGGGGAUCAAAUCUUACGACCACAAGCUCCUUGCAACCGUGGGCGUUGGAUUUGUCAAGACCAUUGCCAUCUUGGUCGCCACGUUUUUCCUUGAUCGGAUCGGGCGGCGCAAGUUGCUUUUGUCCAGCGUGGCUGGGAUGAUAUUUUCACUCGCGUGCCUCGGGGUGGGCCUCACGAUCAUCGAUCAACACCAGGAGAAGGUCCCGUGGGCCAUCGCAUUGUGCAUCACGAUGGUGUUAUUGAACGUUGCGUUCUUCUCGAUUGGGUUGGGGCCCAUAACAUGGGUUUAUAGCUCUGAGAUCUUCCCGCUGAAGCUACGCGCGCAAGGAGUUAGUAUGGGAGUGGCCGUUAACAGGAUAACAAGUGGCGUCAUAUCCAUGACUUUUCUCUCACUAUACAAGGCCAUUACGAUUGGUGGGUCCUUCUUUCUCUACGCCGGGAUUGCUGCGUUGAGUUGGGUCUUCUUUUACAUGCUGCUCCCCGAAACCAGGGGAAGAACCCUUGAAGACAUAGAGGUGCUGUUUGGAAAAUAUCACAGGUGGAAAAAGGCCAAUGCCAUGCUCAAGCAGACCAAGCAAGGCGAUGGGGACGAAAACAAAAGUCAAGUCAACUAGGAUUUAAAGUCCUGUCCACUAGGGUUUACUAGGGAUUUUUAUUAUUACUAGUAGGAUUUAAAUACUCUUCUUUUUUAUUUUAGUAUAAAUGUUUUCUAUGUAAUGGAGAAAAUAAAUUUUAUAUCUUUUUAUU